AUGGCAGACAGUGAACAACUCCAACACUGUCCCAAUCGCUUCACCGGGUCCAAUGAAGGGCGGGAAGACCUUGAUGGUCUCACUUUGCAAGAUAUCUGCGAUAAGAGCAAUGGUGCCCAGAGCAAAAGUGGUCAGGCCCCAAGAACAGCGAAGAACUCGAUGGGGGCCACGCUGAGCCAACAUAAAGAGCUCUUCCGAAAAGAACUUUCGAAGGAGAACAAAAAGUACAAAUGGUAUCUGAUAGCCCCCAUUCCUGGUAUUCCCACUCAGUCAAUGAACGAAUCGCUGGAUCAAAGCCUUGUCACUCACACAACCAACACCACGAUGGCUUUGACCACUCCUCGAGAGCAAGAGCCAAGUGCAGGGCGCAGCAUGACCAACAACGGUGUCUCUGAACGUGAAGAUCAAUCAGUUGAGACGAAUACCGAGACGAACGGAGACGACGGCACGACACAUCCAGAAACGUCUUCGGCUGCGACUGCCCAGAAGAUCGAUUUCAUAAUUGAAAGCGCAGGUUCUCCGCGUACCGGCGGAACAGAUGGACCAGCUGCAGCCCUAGAAGUUGAGCCAAGCCAACAAUCUCAUCUGCACGAGCUGCAGCAGACCUCUCCGCCUUUGGUCGAUCGGCGAGAAGAGUCAUCAGCUCGCGAAUUGCAGCCUGCUAUUCACGAGGGUCGGGACGCCACCAUACCUGACUUGCCCCCGGGUCUUGUGGCGGAGGACCGUUCCGUCGUCGCUGUUCCACCAAUCGCUCCCGAGAUGGAACCCGCAGAUGUCGUGAUUGGAGAGGCUCAGGACGCCUCCGUCGACCGUGAUAUGACUUCUCUGGAAGUCCUGCGUCCUCUCUUGGCGAAUGUGAUCAGUACGGAGGUGGCUAGGUUCGACGGCCGCCGACACGAAGAGUUGCCAGCUCUAGGGGAACAUCUCCCCUCUCGUGCCCACAGCCAUAUCGAUGUGCAUGCGAUUAUAGAGGACAUGCUAAGGCCCCUUCGCGGAAUCGUGGGGCUGGAUUCCACGCUUGCGCAGCCUGCUGUUCUCGUCAGCCGCAGCGACGCCCAUCGAGCGCUAGAUGACAUCAGGCUAGCAAGGGGUUUCAGGAAACGUUUCGAUGAGGCAAUCUCGAAGUGUGAUUCCACGCUAGCCACGAUGGUUGACUUCGUCAAUCUCUUGAAUGAGCCAAUCGCCCAUAUCGAGUCUUUCAAAAACUCGCUACAGGCAUACAAGGCGCAAGCCACAGCUAGUCAGAGACUCUCUCGGAAAAGUCUCAAUGCAUUCAUCGACGAUCAGGAUGAUGACGAUCAGGUCAUCGAGUAA